GGGUUCUCUGGCCAUCCGGUUUAAGAUUUUUGGCACGGCAAGGCUUCCGUUCGCACUCGGUGCUAUAGCAGGAUAAAGUCUCUCGUUCAUUUGCUCACAAUUUAACUAUUUCAGACGGAUGUGUGCAUCACGAAGUCAGCCAUGUCGUCGGAAAUCCUGAAAAAGCGAAAGUCGAAGGUCCUCCGCAGUGAAGCAGGGAUACCGGAGAUGAAGCGAGGUCGCGGAGAAGGAGAACAGCAGGAGGCACGCACAUAUAGUGAGGAAGUGGAGUUGGAUGGCCGGGACCCUGAGCAGGACUUUCUUCAGUACAAAGAGUCAUGUGAGAAUUUGGCUAAACUCCUGAAUGAUAUCCAGGACCUUAAAGCCAACGGAGCCAAGGAAGGGUGUGCUGAGGUGGAGCAGAGACGUCUGCAGAGCUGCAUCCACUUCAUGAACCUGAAAAAACUUAAUCGUCUGGCUCAUAUGCGACUAAAGAAAAGCAGAGACCAGACACAUGAGGCAAAACAGAAAGUGGAUGUGCUGCACCUUCAGUUACAGAACCUUCUCUAUGAAGUUAUGCAUCUUCAAAAGGAGAUCAGCAAGUGUCUGGAGUUCAAGUCUAAGCAUGAGGAGAUAGACUUGGUGUCUGAGGAGGAGUUUUACCAGGGGGCGCCACAAGAGAUUUCCAGGCCUCAGCUCACAAAGACUGAUCCCCACCAACUCACACUGGCACGACUGGACUGGGAGCUUGAGCAGAGGAAGCGGUUGGCAGAGAAAUACAAGGAGUCUCAGGCCACAAAAGAGAAGAUCCAGAAGAGCAUUGAGGUGAAAAAGGAAUAUCUGAGAAGCUUACAGCCAGGACUGCAUGCCAUCAUGCAGGCAUCUCUCCCAGUGCAGGAGUACUUGUCCAUGCCUUUUGAACAGACUCAGAAACAAACAGAGAUUGCCCGCCAUCUCCCUCCACCUCUGUAUGUCCUGUUUGUUCAAGCCAAUGCUUAUGGCCAGGCCUGUGACAAGAACCUGAAUGUGUCCAUUAGUGGUGAUGUGGAUGAGGCCAAGGCCUUGUCCAAGCCUCCAGAAGAUUCCCAAGAUGAUGAGAGUGAUUCAGAUGCAGAGGAGGAGCAAGAGAAAACGAGGAGAAGGCCAACUACCGGUGGCCAGCUGGAUGACAAAAGACGGGAGAUGCUGAAAAGGCACCCUCUGUCCCUCUGCUUGGACCUCAAGUGUAAAGAUAGCAGCACCCUCCACCUCUUCUUCUACUACCUGAUGAAUCUGAAUAUUAUGACAGUCAAGACCAAGGUGUCCACUUCCACAGACCUCAACACAGCCACUAGCGCAGACAGGAACCUGCUGAAAUCGGACACUCUGCUCAGCUGCCUUUAUGCCAACGACCAGGGACGGGAAACACCCAAUCCAGCUAAUCGCUACCAGUUUGAUAAAGUCGGGAUUGUUUCCUUUGCUGAUUAUGUGGAGGAGCUGGGCCACCCCUAUAUGUGGGUCCAGAGUCUCGGAGGACUACAUUUUCCCAGUGACACAUCAGAGGUUGUACAUGUGGGCAGUUCUCUCAGUGCCAGUUACAUGGAGAGCACCAUGAAGCUGCUGAGGAGUAGAGUGCAGUCCCGCUUAGCUUUGCACAAACAGUUUGCCUCUUUAGAGCACAGCAUUAUCCCGGUCUCUAGUGAGUGUCAGCACCUCUUUCCUGCCAAGGUUAUCUCCUGUUUAGCUCGCUGGACCACCACAACUUACCAGGAGUACAUGGAACUUGCAUAUACAUGUCAUGUGACCAGUGCUGGGCUGGCAAAGGAGACUGAUCUGUACUUUAUGGGAGUGAUCGAAAGAGGCACAGCUCGUCUCCAGGCAGCAGUGGUGCUGAGUCCUCGUUACCCAGAGAUCUCUCCUCUUUUUUCCCUCUCUCUCAGCUGGAAGGGAGAGCGCAGUGGACGCACCGAUGACAACCUUCGAGCCAUGGAGUCCUAAGUCAACGUGUUCAAAAAUGAGCUACAGGGACCAUGUCCAGGACACCAGCUCCUGACCAAUCAGAUUGCACGUCUGUGUGUGUGCCUGGAUGUGUAUUUGGAGACUGAAGGUCAAGAUGACGGUGUGGAGGGACCACGAGAGUUCCCCCGUGAAAAGAUGUGCUUGCGGACUGUCAGAGGUCCAAAUCGUCUGAAGCCAUUCAAGUACAACCAUCCUCAGGGUUUCUUCAGUCAUCGCUAAGCCUGAAUAUAUGAUUCUCCUGCUGUACUUUGCAACUAAGCCAAGUUUCCUUUGUGACUGACACACGAAGUUGUACUUUUGUACCAGUUUGAAAAUAAAAACAUGUUAUUUUCUUGAA